CUGUCAACAUUUUUGAACCAGGCUAAUAUAAAGCCUGGUAUUAACAAUAAUGUCUUUGCUCAACUUAAAGCAAGAGCAAACAAAAUGAAGCCAGCAGACAAACUCUGCAUAUUAAUAUUUGAUGAAAUGUCACUAAAAGCUAACAUUACAUACAACGAAAGCAAAGAUUUGGUGGUAGGUUUUGUUAAUAAUGGACGCGAGACAAAACCUGAAUUUGCAGACCAUGCACAGGUUUUUAUGAUCAGGGGUCUCUUAAGGAAAUAUAAACAACCUGUUGCUUAUACAUUUGCACAGGCGGCCACUAAAGGCCCAGAGCUGGCUUUGCAAAUUAAAACCAUAAUUGAAAACUUGCAAGAAACUGGCUUCAAUGUAGUGGCUACAGUAUGUGACCAAGGCACUAAUAAUAGAAAUGCCUUAAAUCUUCUCCUAAAUGAAACCAGGGUACAUAUACUUAGAAGUGGACAAGAAGUUAGAGAAGAGACGAAAUUAAUAAUAAUUAAUGACAAGAAAAUUGUUCCACUAUAUGAUCCCCCACACUUGUUAAAAGGUAUACGAAAUAAUCUUUUAGAGAAGAAUUUAAGGUAUACAAGUGAUAAUAUAGAAAAGACUGCUAAAUGGAAUCACAUUAAACAAUUACAUGAAGAAAAUCCUGCAUAUAAAGGAAUCCGUUUAGUGCCCAAAUUGUCUGACAGUCAUGUUGAUCCGAUGAGAACAAAAAUGAAAGUUAAAUUUGCCAGCCAAGUGUUCAGUAGAACUGUGUCUUCCACUAUGGGAUACCUUGCAGAUUUUAAUUUUUUAACAUGCUCUGAACAUAAAGAUAAAUUAAUAAGUAAAAAAGAUAUUGACAGUGACGAGGACGUAAUGCAGUGCAAAGCAAAAAAGUAUUUUAAAAGAUGUUUUAAGAGAAAAAAUUGA